UAUAUGUACUACGUACGUUUACCUACAUUGAAAACAGACAAAGGGCUGCAUCAAGUUUUAUUGUCUACUUUGUAUGUAUAUAUGUUUUACAUAUUGGCUAGCAUCGCACUCAGAUUUGCGAAUGUGAACCCAUAUUGCAUGUAUGGGGAGUGACCGGCCCAAUUCUCGGACACGAGUCUUAUUAUAGACGCUACCGUAGUUCAGACACUGUCAGUCGUUUCACUAUUAAUCACGUAAAUUCGUCUGCACUUGUUUUAUUUUUUUUUUACGUGAAUGUAACCAUGUCGAGUGACGUUUGCCACUACGAUGUCCAGUAUAAUGAUAAGUUCGGGCGAUUUUUAGUCGCAAAUAAAGAUUUGGAAGGCGGUGAAUUAAUAUUCACGGAUACUCCUUUUGCAGUCGGACCUAAGCCAGAUACGCCGCCCCUGUGUCUUGGAUGUUAUUCUCCGGUGGAGAACAUAGCUUGUUCAAACUGUGGUUGGCCAAUAUGUAGCGAAGAAUGCGAAUCAUCGUCCCAACAUGCAGGGGAAUGUGCAGUGUUUUCGACUGCGAAGGUUCGCUUCCAACCAGUGGAAGAUUGGACGGCAAGUUCACCACAACUUGAUUGUAUUACUCCUCUAAGGGUAUUAUUGGCAAAAGAAAAUGACCCAGAGCGAUGGCAACGCGAGAUGGAAACAAUGGAAACUCAUACAGAGGAGAGGAAACUACGACCCACGUGGGAAGCAGAUCAAGUCAACAUUGCGGGAUUUUUGUUGGAUCAUUGCAAACUUGGCAGCCGAUUCGACAAAGAACUAGUACAAAGGGUCUGCGGAAUUUUAGAGGUGAACUCCAUAGAGGUUCCUUCGCGCGGAGGUUACAGCAUACGCGCCGUAUAUCCUCGGCUCUCUAUUGCCGCACACAGCUGUGUACCCAACAUUGUACACACUAUUAUACAAAAUGAUUAUCAGGUUCAAGUCAGAGCCGCAGUGCCAAUAAAGUCAGGCAAUAGCCUCACCCUUUGUUAUACCUACGCGCUCUUUCCUACCAUAGUCCGACGCGAACUCUUGCUAGAGUCGAAAUUCUUCAACUGCGACUGCGCUCGUUGCGCUGACCCCACUGAGCUGGGCACACAUUUGAGCACGUUGAAGUGUAAUAAAUGUGAUAAUGGCAUAAUAGUGUCUUCUAAUCCAUUGGAAAACGAGGCGCCAUGGAAAUGUUCAGAUAGGAGCUGCGGCUUUCAGACCUCUGCGGACGCGAUGCGCAAGAUAUUGAACGUGGUACAGGCUGAGGUGGAGCAGCUGGAUGCUCUGGAGCCAGGACCGCAAGCUAUAGAGCAACGAGAGGCUACUAUUAUGAAGUACAAAACGGUAUUCCACCCGAGGCAUUCAAUACUACUGUCGAUCAAGCACACGUUAGCCCAGCUGUAUGGACGCGUGGAUGGCUACAGUAUCGACGAGCUUCCCGACGUCAUGCUGGAGAGGAAGGCCGAGUUCUGCCGCCUGGUGCUAAAAACCUUGGACGUUAUAUCACCUGGAGAUACCAGAAUGCGUGGCAUGAUGCUGUACGAGCUCCAUGCACCGCUCAUGUUCUUAUCUCGAAAUGAGUUUGCAGCAGGAAUCAUCACUCAAGAACAAUUGAAGGAGAGAUUGCAAGAUCCGAUCAGGUGUUUGGCUGACGCAGCACGGAUAUUAAUGCGGGAAGACCCACAAAGCCCUGAAGGCAUUACUGGUCAGAUAGCUCAGCAGUCCAUGGAGCAAUUGAAAGCGAGUGUAGAAUCUUUAUAAUUAUCUGGGGCGACGUAGGAUAGAGUUACUGAUACGCAAUAUAUUGUUUGUGUUAAUUUUGCGUUAUUAGAUAUUAAUAUUUGAAAGGAUCAUCUCGGCAUUGAGACGGCAAAGAUUAAGCGAGAUAGCGACACGCGCACCACAAUGUGCAAUUAUGGAUUUCAUAAUCUCUGUUUAUGGAUUAUGAAAUCUUUUUCAUUUUUCCUAAUAUGUGUAUUGUACUUACCUCCCAGCCUGCCUCAUUAGACCAACUGUCUUUUUCUUUUGUGAAGAAUAUAUAAAACCUAAUAUAGUGUAAAAGUAAAUUAUUCUUAAAUUUUCGUAUUUUACAAUUUAUUUCUGUUGUUCUCUUUAGUGGUAUUUAGUUUAGUAUAUAUUUUUAUAUAACAGUCGCGUUAAAUAGGUACUAUCUUUUUGUAUUUGUUUUGUGUUGUCAAGUGAAUAUUAUUAUAUCGAUUAUUUUUAGUUAUAGAAAAGACAUGUCAUUAUAUAGAUCUCUAUAAUUUA